CGCCUUAAGAGACUGUGAAGCCGGUGGCCGGUGGCCGGGCGGCACCAACAAAGAUGGCGGUGGCCCUUGCGGCGGGAGCAAGCUGGGCAACAGCUGGGGUUAAAGCUGCAGCCCGGCCCGCGGGGAGGCUGUUCGGGGUUAUGAGGGGGUGGCCCUGAGCUGGAGCUGGACCCCGGCUGGCCUCCCCCGCCGCCUCACCGGGGGGCAGGUCCAGCCUGCGGUGUCCACAAUGCCCCAGGCUUCUGAGCACCGGUUGGGCCGGACUCGAGAGCCACCUGUCAGUGUACAGCCCCGAGUGGGAGCCAAGAUACCAUUUCCUCCCCGGGCCCGCAGCAAGGAGCGCCGAAACCCAGUUCCUGGGCCGAACUCCAUGUUACGACCUUUGCCUCCCAGGCCAGGUCCCCCAGAUGAAAGGCUCAAGAAACUGGAGCUGGGUCGGGGUCGGACCUCAAGCUCUCGUCCUAGAGGCCCCCUUCGAGCAGAUCAUGGGGUUCCCUUGCCUGGCUCACCACCUCCAACUGUGGCUCUGCCUCUCCCAUCCCGGACCAACUUAGCCCGUUCCAAGUCUGUGAGCAGUGGGGACUUGCGUCCAAUGGGCAUUGCCUUGGGAGGGCACCGUGGCACUGGCGAGCUAGGGGCUGCACUGAGCCGCUUGGCACUCCGGCCUGAACCACCCACUCUGAGACGUAGCACUUCUCUCCGGCGUCUUGGGGGCUUCCCUGGCCCCCCUACCCUGCUCAGCAUACGGACAGAGCCCCCUACUUCCCAUGGCUCCUUCCACAUGAUAUCUGCCCGGCCCUCUGAGCCUUUCUACUCUGAGGACAAGAUGGCUCAUCACACACUGCUUCUGGGCUCUGGUCAUGUUGGUCUCCGCAAUCUGGGAAAUACAUGUUUCCUGAAUGCUGUGCUACAGUGUUUGAGCAGCACAAGGCCUCUUCGAGACUUUUGUCUUCGAAGGGACUUCCGGCAAGAGGUGCCCGGAGGAGGCCGAGCCCAGGAGCUCACGGAAGCCUUUGCAGAUGUGAUUGGUGCCCUCUGGCACCCUGACUCCUGUGAAGCUGUGAAUCCUACUCGAUUCCGGGCUGUCUUCCAGAAAUACGUUCCCUCCUUCUCUGGAUACAGCCAGCAGGAUGCCCAAGAGUUCCUGAAGCUCCUCAUGGAGCGGUUGCAUCUUGAAAUCAACCGACGAGGCCGCCGGGCACCUCCGAUCCUGGCCAGUGGUCCAGUUCCCUCUCCACCUCGCCGAGGAGGGGCUCUGCAUGAAGAACCUGAAUUAAGUGAUGAUGACCGAGCCAACUUAAUGUGGAAGCGCUACCUGGAGCGAGAAGACAGCAAAAUUGUGGACUUAUUUGUGGGCCAGUUGAAAAGUUGCCUCAAGUGCCAGGCCUGUGGGUAUCGCUCCACGACCUUCGAGGUUUUUUGUGACCUGUCCCUGCCCAUUCCCAAGAAAGGAUUUGCUGGGGGCAAAGUGUCUCUGCGAGAUUGUUUCAGCCUUUUCACCAAGGAAGAAGAGCUAGAGUCAGAAAAUGCUCCAGUGUGUGACCGAUGCCGGCAGAAAACACGAAGUACCAAAAAGUUGACAGUACAAAGAUUCCCCCGAAUCCUCGGCUUAGAUCUGAAUCGAUUUUCCACCUCCCGAGGCUCCAUCAAGAAGAGUUCAGUAGGUGUAGACUUCCCAUUGCAGCGACUGAGCCUAGGGGACUUUGCCAGUGACAAGGCGGGAAGCCCCGUGUACCAGCUCUACGCCCUCUGCAACCACUCCGGGAGUGUCCACUACGGGCACUACACAGCCCUGUGCCGCUGCCAGACUGGUUGGCAUGUCUACAAUGACUCCCGUGUCUCCCCUGUCAGUGAAAAUCAGGUGGCAUCCAGUGAAGGCUACGUGUUGUUCUACCAACUGACGCAGGAGCCACCUCGGUGCCUGUGACACCGUCUUGAAGCCCUGGCACCUGUGAAGACCUUUUCAACACCCUUAAGCCCCCAGGCUCCCCAUUUACCUCAGAGACGUCUAUUUUUGUGUCUUUUUAAUCGGGGAGGGAGGGUGGUUGUAGCUCCCAUUAUUUUUUUUAUUAAGAAGCACUCUUCCACCUUGUUUCCUGCUCCAUGUACAGAGCUCAUCAGGCCCUUGACCAUGUACAGCCCCCAGAACCUCUGCAAUCUCACUUUUUGUGAAUAAAUUUAUUAAGAAAAAGUGA